UGGACAGUCACCCCUACAUGUCACAGCUUCUUUAGCGAAGAAGCUAUCAACAAAAGACGCACCUGCUGAUGAAAUUGCUGCUCUUUGCACUACUUCCAUUGGUCCAAGCUGACAUAAGCCCGAACAACUCUAAAGCAGCAUGUCCCGAUCGUUGCAGUGAUGGAUGGACCUAUUUUAUCGAAACGCAUGCUUGCUACAAGAAUUUCUUCAAUGCCAACUUCGAAGAGGCUGAAUCUUGGUGCAGCUUUAAUGGAGGACAUCUGGCCUCAAUUCACCACGCUAAAGAAAAUUGGUUUGUUGCCGAGUUGGCGAAAAUGGGUAAAAAAUGCAGUGAUAUUCACGACAUGACUUGGAUAGGCUUACGCGAAGGUCCGGAAAAAGAUAAGUGGACAUGGACUGACGGAACCAAACUUGACUACAAUUCUUGGGCUUCGAAUUCGCCUGAUCCUAAAUGGAAAGAAGGCAAACGCUGCGUGCUGCUGAGCAGUGACACGUAUGUCGACUCCUGGACAAUAGGAUACCAGGAAUGGACUGACACUAGGUGCUCUGAGAAAAUCAGAUCCUUUGUAUGCAAGAAAAUGCCUUUGCACUAAACCAGCAAUUGUGCGCAUAUAUUCUGAUAAUUACAGUUUUGACUUUAUUAGACUGUAAAUGAAUUUUGGUCUGCUUUGAAAG